AUGGCAUUCGCCUCGAUUAAUAAUUCGGGUGCGCCCAUUGCUGCUAUCGAAGAGGCAUUUGCGACAGAGCCCUCAUUAAAGAAGAGAGUCUACGGCGCGAUCGGAACAACACCGCAACACCAACCUUUGUUUGAGGAUCUUGCCAAAUACACCUCCAGCCUGCUGGCCAGGACUGCCAACACUACUCUCCCUUCCCGACCCCCGGCCAAUGAUGCCCCUGCAGCUAAAAAGCGCAAGCUGCAAAAUGGCGACUCGGGCGAUGCUGUGCAGACGUCAGUCGACAUGAAAGAUGGCAAUGCGCCGUUGCAAUUCUACGUUCAAGAUGUAUCUUUUGCUACGCCGCAGCGGAAAAAGCUCACGCUUGAGAUUACUGCUGGGCACCAAUUCCUUCGGGCAAGGAACCAAACCACAAAGGAGAUUGAAUUCGGUGUUUCUAUGGACAAAAUUCGACAUGCGCUGUGUCUUCCUGUGCCCGAAAAGACCCAGAAACAAUUCAAUUUCUGUAUCAUACCCGAGUAUGCAGAUGGUAUCACACCGCCACCCGAGGGAACAACAGUCUCCGAAGCUAUGGUGUUUACGAUAGCCGAUGGGCCGGCCAAGGCUGCAUUCUCAGGGGAUGGAAAGCAGCUUGGUAAUGGUACAGGCGACCUGGCCGAAGAACUGCUUCGCAAAACUCUAAAUGAGAAUCUGCCUCAUAUCAAGGUUGUGCGGCCUGAUGACCGACAAUUCGUCAGUGCCAUGCCAGAGGCACACCGAAAGGGCGAGAAAGCAUACCAUGUCAAGGCAUUCCGCGGGAGCAAAGAAGGCUACCUAUUCCUUCUGUCUACGGGCAUUCUGUUCGCAUUCAAGAAGCCCCUUCUGUUUUUCUCGUUUGACACCAUUGACUCGGUGUCUUACACAUCUGUCCUGCAGCGGACGUUCAACCUGAACGUCAUGGCUCGCCCGGCAAAUAGCACCGAGGAGGACAUCCAGGAAUUUGAGUUCUCCAUGGUUGACCAGGAAAACUUCUCUGCAAUCGAUGCCUACAUUAAGCGUCACGGUCUUCAAGAUGCUAGUCUGGCUGAAGCGCGGCGCGCUAAGCGCUACAAUGUGAACAAAACCGGAGAAGAUACCGCUGCCGCCACCGCCGAAGGAGGCGGUGAAGAUGAAAGCGAGCUCCAGAAAGCCCAGCGUGAGCUUGAAGACCAAGAAGACGAAGAAGAAGAGGAUUACGAUCCUGGCAGUGAUGAGAGUGAAGGUAGCGGGUCCAGCAGUGAAGAUGAUAGCGACGAUGACGAAGAAGAAGGGGAAGAAGACGCUCAGGACAGCGAUGAAGAUAUGGAUAUGGUCAAGAAUGAGCUUGGCAGUGAAGCGGAAGACGCUGGAGACGAUUAA